ACUCUGCUGGAGUGCUAGUGAUCGCAGCUCUCUCUCUCUCUCUCUCUCUCUCUUAAUAUCUGUCUGUCUCUCUCUCUCUCUCUCUCUCUCUCUCUCAGCAGAUCUAAACUACGAUCCAUGGCGACGAUCCAGUCCGUCCAUGCACGACAGAUCUUCGACAGCCGCGGCAAUCCUACGGUCGAGCAUGACUGUUUUUGUUUACAUAGCAGACACAUGCUUAAUGCCAUUCAUGAUUUUGGCUUCUUUCCAGGAACCUAUGAAGCCCUUGAAUUAAGAGAUGGUGGGUCAGAUUACCUUGGGAAAGGUGUAUCAAAGGCUGUUGAGAAUGUCAACGCAAUCAUUGGCCCUGCUCUCAUUGGCAAGGACCCAACAGAUCAGGUUGCCAUUGAUAACUUCAUGGUUCAACAACUCGAUGGAACUGUAAACGAGUGGGGUUGGUGCAAGCAAAAGCUUGGAGCAAAUGCUAUACUGGCCGUGUCUCUUGCAGUUUGCAAAGCUGGGGCUAGUGUCCUGAAUAUUCCCCUUUACAAGCAUAUUGCCAACCUUGCUGGAAACAAGAAGUUGGUGUUGCCAGUUCCUGCUUUCAAUGUCAUCAAUGGCGGAUCACAUGCAGGAAAUAAACUUGCUAUGCAGGAGUUCAUGAUUCUACCAGUGGGAGCUUCCAAUUUCAAAGAGGCAAUGAAAAUGGGUGUUGAAGUAUAUCACCAUUUGAAGGCUGUAAUUAAAAAGAAAUACGGCCAGGAUGCUAUAAAUGUUGGUGAUGAAGGUGGCUUCGCUCCCAAUAUUCAGGAGAACAAGGAAGGCCUUGAAUUGCUUAAAGCAGCUAUUGCUAAAGCCGGCUAUACAGGAAAGGUUGUUAUUGGAAUGGAUGUUGCUGCAUCUGAAUUUUAUGGAUCAGACAAGACCUAUGAUCUGAACUUCAAGGAAGAGAACAAUAAUGGUUCACAAAAGAUCUCAGGAGAGCAGCUCAAAGAUCUCUACAAGUUAUUUGUAAGUGAAUACCCUAUUGUAUCAAUCGAAGAUCCGUUUGACCAAGAUGACUGGGAGCACUACGCCAAGAUGACAUGUGAAAUUGGUGAAAAGAUACAGAUCGUGGGAGAUGAUCUCUUGGUUACCAAUCCCAAGAGGGUUGCAAAGGCAAUCAAGGAGAAAUCUUGCAACGCUCUUCUUUUGAAGGUUAACCAAAUUGGAUCCGUAACUGAGAGCAUUGAAGCUGUAAAAAUGUCCAAACAUGCUGGUUGGGGAAUAAUGGCCAGUCACCGCAGUGGAGAGACUGAGGACACUUUCAUUGCUGAUCUCUCUGUGGGUUUGGCAACGGGCCAAAUAAAGACAGGAGCCCCAUGCAGAUCAGAACGGCUUGCAAAGUACAAUCAGCUCUUGCGAAUUGAAGAGGAGCUUGGCUCUGAGGCAGUGUAUGCAGGAGCAAGCUUCCGCAUGCCAGUUGAGCCAUAUUGAGCAUGGCUUGGACAAUUUUCCGCGCGGGAUUUUGGCUUUGGAGUUUCACUCGGCGUUGAAUAAAUCUACAUGUAGGAUGGGUCGUCAGCAGUCUAAUCAGACCUCUGAUGCCUGUUUUUAAUAAAUUACCACUGAAAAAGUUGUGUUGAGUACAAAAAAAAUGAACUGGGAAACAAUGAGGGUAAGAACAUGGUUUCUUGUCUCCAGCUUUAAUUAGUAUAUUUCUAAUUAGAAAAUGCAUUGCUGAAUGAUGCAUGGUUUAUGUUGUGCAAUCUUGAA